GUACCAGUCCAGAAAACGACUAGACGACGGCGAAUUCUUCCUCUCACCUUCUCCCGCUCCGCCGUCGGUAGAAGCAGCUCUCCCACUCUCUUCUUGCCACUGCCACUUUUCCUAAGACGGCCGAAUCGCUUUUCAUCAGAGGGUCACAGUCUGAAGGAAAUUAUCUACUCACGGAGGGCCAAGAAACUCGGUACAUUUGUUCUGAUUUGGGGUUUAUUCCUGUUCUUGGUGCUAUUCAGGUUUCAAUUCCAAGUUCGCAUCUUUGACGGUUGGUUGCUUCCGAAAAUUGAUUUCGAGAACCGCUGGGUUCCGUUAUUGGAUGCUGGUAGUUCUCUCUAUUGCUACUCUACUUGGAAUGAGGAAGACGAUGAUCCAUAGAAACUGGUCCAGAUUUCAUCGGCCAAGAACAGCGUGUAUGACUGAUUUUACUUGUUCCACUGCUGCUUUAGCACCAUCGCCUUACUCAUCUUGCUCUGGGUGGAAUCCAACUACUCCUGGUACGUCAAAUUCUGCUACUUUCAUCAACGUCGAUGAUGCCUUGGCUUCUUUUGAAUUGAUGGUCAGCAUGAAUCCCAAGCCUUCCAUUUCGAGAUUCGGUCAGGUAUUGUCCUAUCUUCUGAAAAUGAACGUCCCCCAUACUGCCUUCUCUGUAUCUAGAUCAAUGGAAUUGGCUGGAAUUCCACACAAUGAGUACACACUCAACAUGUUGAUUCAUUGCUUGUGUAAAUUAGGCCGUGCGGAUGUUGGAUUUUCAGUUUUGGGUAAAGCUUUUAAACUUGGAGUUCAACCUAAUGUUGUGAACUUUGGUACAUUGAUUAAUGGGCUCUCUAAAGAUGGGAAACUUGCUGAAGCUGUGAAGUUGGUUGAUAAAAUUAGGAUGUUGGGAUAUCAACCUGAGGUGUUAAUGUAUACCCCAAUCAUCAAUGGACUAUGCAAAGCAGGAAACUUGCUGAAGCUGUGAAGUUGGUUGAUAAAAUUAGGAUGUUGGGAUAUCAACCUGAGGUGUUAAUGUAUACCCCAAUCAUCAAUGGACUAUGCAAAGCAGGACAAGCAAAUGCGGGUUUUGAAUUGCUCGAGAAAAUGGAAGAUUUAGGUUGUCAACCUAACGUUGCUAAUUAUAGCACAAUCAUUGACAGCUUCUGUAAGGAUGGGUUGCUAUGCAAAGCCUUAGAUGUGUUUUCUCGAAUGAAGGGGGAAAAUAUUUCACCAAAUGUCGUCACUUAUAAUUGCUUGAUUCAUGGAUUAUGUAUCUCAAGCCAAGAGAAUGAAGCUAUGGCGUUGUUGGAUGAAAUGAUUGAAAAGAACAUCAUGCCAAAUGCAUGUACCUUCAACAUACUGGUCGAUGCUUUUUGUAAGAAAGGAAAUGUGUUGGAGGCUAAAGCUGUAGUCAAAAGGAUGAUUCAAAGAGGCUUGCUUCCAAAUGUGGUGACUUAUAAUUGUUUGAUUCACGGUCUAUGUAUCUCGAGCAAAGAGAAUGAAGCUAUGAAGUUGUUGGAUGAAAUGAUAGAAAAGAACGUCAUGCCGGACGCAUAUACCUUCAGCAUACUGGUCGAUGCUUAUUGUAAGAAACGAAAUGUGUUGGAGGCUAAAGUUGUAGUCAAAAGGAUGAUUCAAAGAGGCUUGCUUCCAAAUGUGGUGACUUAUAGUUGUUUGAUUCAUGGUCUAUGUAUCUCGAGCCAAGAGAAUGAAGCUAUGAUGUUGUUGGAUGAAAUGAUAGAAAAGAACGUCAUGCCUAACUUAUAUACCUUCAACAUACUGGUCGACGCUUUUUGUAAGAAAGGAAAUGUGUUGGAGGCUAAAGCUUUAGUCAAAAGGAUGAUUCAAAGAGGCUUGCUUCCAGAUGUGGUGACUUAUAAUUGUUUGAUUCACGGUCUAUGUAUCUCGAGCAAAGAGAAUGAAGCUAUCAAGCUGUUGGAUGAAAUGAUAGAAAAGAACGUCAUGCCCAACGCAUAUCCCUUCAACAUACUGGUCGAUGCUUAUUGUAAGAAAGGAAAUGUGUUGGAAGCUAAAGAUGUAGUCAAAAGGAUGAUUCAAAGAGACUUGCUUCCAAAUGUGGUGACUUAUAAUUGUUUGAUUCACGGUCUAUGUAUCUCGAGCAAAGAGAAUGAAGCUAUGAAGUUGUUGGAUGAAAUGAUAGAAAAGAACGUCAUGCCGGACGCAUAUACCUUCAACAUACUGGUUGAUGCUUUUUGUAAGAAAGGAAAUGUGUUGGAGACUAAAGUUGUAGUCAAAAUGAUGAUUCAAAGAGGCUUGCUUCCAAAUGUGGUGACUUAUAAUUGUUUGAUUCAUGGUCUAUGUAUCUUGAGUCUAGAGAAUGAAGCUAUGAAGUUGUUGGAUGAAAUGAUCAAAAAGAACAUCAUGCCGAAUGCAUGUACCGUCAACAUACUGGUUGAUGCUUUUUGUAAGAAAGGAAAUGUGUUGGAGGCUAAAGUUGUAGUCAAAAUGAUGAUUCAAAGAGGCCUGCUUCCAAAUAAUAUCACAUACAAUUCAUUGAUGAAUGGGUAUCGCAUGCGGAACGAAGUAGACAAGGCGCGGCGGGUAUUUGAUUGUAUGGUUCUCACGGGAUGCAAGCCUGACGUUUACAGCUAUAGCAUCAUGAUUGAUGGAUAUUGCAAAAGUAAAAGGAUGGAGGAAGCCGAGCAGUUAUUUAAUGAUAUGCUUGGGAAGGAUGUGUCUCCCAACACUAUUACAUAUAAUACUCUCAUGAAUGGAUAUUGCCAUGCAGGAAGGCUUGAAGAUGCACAAGAGCUUCUCAAGAAAAUGUGCAGUCGAGGUUUCUCCCCGGACGUUGUGAUAUAUAAGACUUUGCUUAUUAAUUUGUGCAACCGAGGCUUUCUAGACGAAGCAUUGACUCUAUUUCAAGCAAUCAAAAGUAAUCGGUUGAAGCCCGAUCUUCACAUGUAUAACGUUCUUAUUGCUAGUUUGUUUGAAGCAGGGAGGGUUAAUGAAGCAAGGGAAAUGUUUUCUACCCUCGGUGAAGGUGACUACUUAAAGCCGAAUACCUGCACAUAUAACAUAGUAAUCAAUGGACUUUGUAGGCAUGGUUUGGUAGAUGACGCAUACAAUUUGUUUAGAACAAUGGAGGGGGUUGCUUGUCCACCAAACUGCAAGUCUUAUAACAUGAUUAUCCAUGGAUUCCUUCAGCAUAAAGGUCCACUUGAAGCUGGGGAUCUUAUCCAAGAAAUGUUGUCCAAGGGUUUCACAGCUGAUACAACCACAAUGUCCUUGUUGAUGGAUUUAACGUCGAAAAAUCAACUGAAUCAUCCAGUUGUCAGAAAGCUGCUUGGUGAUUCUGGAAAGGCUGGUGAGGAGGUUAGGCCCAAGGGUUUAUCAGCAGAGAGAAACAUCACCCCAGAAGCUUGUUAGAAUUGUUGCUCGAAACACCGAGUUUGGAUCUUCCUGGUAGUACAUUGUGCGUGGUUAAUUAUGUCUUUCAGCUGACAACAUCUGCGGAAGGUAUAAGCUUCCACUCCUUUGUUGUUCUCACUGCCUCUCUUUUUGUUAGUGUGUGUUUGUAUUGUUCUACCAACCCUUCUGGUUGCUUUGCGUGCUUAGUGGUAGGAAAGUCUUUGGUUCUAAAGAUUUUUUUUCCCAAUUGUGGACUUCCUGCACUUGGUCUACUAACAAUUCAAAGUGCUUUUUGCAGCAAGGCAGGCAGAAGGGGGAAAAGAAGGGGAGAACAAUGAUCUUAGUUUAGUCAAAUAUUUGGCUUCUUCUCCAUGAUGUCAUUUGUUUGCAGUUGGCUUUUUGGGAUUGUACAAAUGUUUAUUGCCAAAUGGACAAGAAGAAAAGUGUGUUCUUUAUUGGAUUAGAUAAGUGGGAAAUUGUACCCAGAAUUCCAAUUUUAGGUUGGACUUGUUUGAAGUUGCAGUUAUAGUAAUUUAUCUGGCUGCAGUAUUACUUUGGAGAGCUUGAGAGCUUUAAGAUUGGUCUAUGAUAUCCUAUUUCCACUUCGCUGCAGUAUUACUUGGAGAAAAAUCUUGAAGCAAAUAUCUGGUUUGUCCAAUUUUUGUGUAUUGUUUGAUCCAGGAUGUUAUAGAUAAAAAAAAUUGGCGAGA